CAAUUUGCCCCACACCCUCGACGAGACAGAGUUCCACUAUGGCGCCCGCAAAGGUCCUCUCCAGGUCGGCCGCCGUCCACCCGCUGGACCCGCCCCAGCCUGAAGAGAUUGUUGCCGCCUCGUCUGCCGUGCGUCAGGCGCUUGGCACAAAGGGUGUCAAGGCACAGCGCUUCACCAACGUCUUUCUCAAGGAGCCACCCAAGGCCGAUGUCAUCAAGCAUGGCUUCUUCCCCGAGAAGUCAACCGAGCCAGGCGCUGGUCCCGUCAAGCCAAGUGGCCUCCCGUCGCGAGAAAUCUUCCUCCACGUCAUCAACCUCCUCGAUGGCCGGUCGUACGAGGCCGUGGUGAACCUCGACGACAUCGAUGAGCCCAAGGUCGUCGAUGUCAAGCAGUUGGCCGAGGGCGUGCAGCCGGCCAUCACCGUCGAGGAGCUCGUGCUGAGCGAGGAGCAGAUGCGCAGGGAUCAGCGCGUCAUCGAUGCUGCCAAGGCUGUGGGCGUCUCGGUGGAGCAGCUCCACGCCGAUGGCUGGAGUAUCGGCUGGGACGAGCGCUUCCCCGGCAAGCGCGUGCAGCAGUGCAUCACCUUUGCCCGGUACGGCAAGGACGAGAACCUGUACGCGCACCCGCUCGACUUCAACGUCGUUCUCGACAAUGUCACGGGCGAAGUACUGGCCAUCGACUACCCCGCACACCGAUCGACCAAGACAGGCAAGCUUGGUGUCUCGACGAAGCCGCCGACGGAGGCGUCCUUUGACAAGCCAGAGGGGCGCGAACGCAUCCCGCCACCGCUGGAGCGCCACGACUACCUGCCAGACCUGGCCAAGCGCGCCGGAUCCGACAAGCCCAUCGAGAUGCGCCAGGAUCUCAAGCAACUGUCGGUGGUGCAGCCCCAGGGCGUGAGCUUCCACCGCGAAGGAAAUGUCCUCGAGUGGCAAAAGUGGAAGCUCCACGUCGGCUUCCACCCCCGCGAGGGCAUCGUACUCAGCACCAUCUCAUACAAGGACGAUGAUGUCCCAGGUGCCAGCAAGGCCGCACCCAGCGAGAGGCCACUCUUCUACCGCCUGUCGCUCAGCGAGAUGGUUGUCCCCUAUGCCGAGCCUGCACACCCACACUACCGCAAGUUUGCCUUUGACGUUGGCGAGUACGGUCUCGGCUACAUGGCCAACUCGCUCUCGCUGGGAUGCGACUGCCUCGGCUCAAUCGAGUACCUCGACGGUGUCAUUGCCAAGCACGACGGCACGACCGAGACGCUCAAGAAUGUCAUUUGCAUCCACGAGGAGGACGCAGGCCUGCUGUGGAAGCACACCGACUACCGGCCCGAUGGACGGGCGCACAACGUGCGAAACCGCAAGCUGGUCAUCUCCAUGGUCUGCACCGUGGCAAACUACGAGUACCAGUUCAACUGGAACCUGCACCUGGACGGCAACAUCGAGCUCGAGAUCAAGCUCACCGGUAUCCUCAACCUCUACCAGCUCGCCCAGGGUGAGAGCACGGGCGGCUACGGCGUCGAAGUCGCGCCUCGCAUCAACGCCCACCUGCACCAGCACCUCUUCUCGCUGCGUGUCGACCCGCACAUCGACGGCGCCCUCAACUCGAUUUCGGAACAGACGAUUCGUGCCGUCGAGGCGCCCUCUGGCUCCGACGAGAACUGGGCCGGCAACGCCUUCACGGCCAACCAGCGCAUCCUCCAGACGACGGGCGAGGGCGUGCGCGAUGCCAACUUUGACGAGGAGCGCAGCUGGACUUUCGUCAACGAGGCGUCCAAGCACUACUCGAGCGGCAAGCUGAGUGGGUACAAGGUCAUGUGCAAGGACAUGCCCCGUCUCUACGCCAAGCACGACAGCAUCACGGCCAAGCGCGCACCCUUUGCAAAGCACCACAUCUGGACGGUGCCCUACGAAGACGCGCACAAGUACCCCGCGGGCAUGUACGUGCCCCAGACGCUCGAUGCGCCCGAAGACUCGAUUGAGAAGUGGGUCGGCGACGGCAGCAAGUCGAUUGCCAACAAGGACAUUGUCAGCUACAUCACCCUCGGCACCACGCAUGUGCCCAGGCCAGAGGACUUCCCCGUCAUGCCCGCAGAGACGGUCCGGCUGAUGCUCAAGCCCGUCAACUUCUUCCGACGCAACCCGACGCUGGACGUGCCCAGCACUGCCGACGCACAGAGCACGGCCGCGGGUGCUGCCAACGGCAACGGUGCUUCGUGCUGCUCGUGAUCUCAUCCAGCGACCCAGCUGCUAAGUUACCCCCCUGUUGAUCGCUUUUGUCUGUACAUUUCUUUCCGACUUGUGUCCUUCAGCCUCUUGGUUGUUAUCCCUCACCCUGUCUCAUAAAAUGGUCCUAUCGAGGUCACGAUGCAGAAUGACGAUGAUUCAAGAACCCAGUACUACUACUAAACAACAAAGAGAGGGAGCACGAUC